UUUCUAUAUCACUCCAAACAAGCGCCGUUACGUGAGGAGAGUGUCUAGGCUUUGCUCCCAGAAGGAUCUUCUCAAUCACCUUUUUUCUCGGCUCUGAUUGCUUCACCCCUAGCCCAUCAUGGCGUCGCAACUUCUCCCCUUAGAAUUGAUUGACAAGUGUGUUGGAUCAAAGAUUUGGGUUAUCAUGAAGAAUGACAAGGAAUUCUCCGGCACUUUGCUCGGAUUCGAUGACUACGUCAACAUGGUCUUGGAGGAUGUGACCGAGUUCGAUUAUACUGGAUCCCAGGUUAAGCUCCCCAAGAUUCUGCUCAAUGGGAAUAAUGUUUGCAUGUUGAUUCCGGGCGGCGAAGGGCCGGCAGGUAGCUCAUAGGCUCAUGAUAUCCAUGUAUUUUGUUUUUUUUUUUCUUUUCCUGCGA